AUGGCUUCUUCUCAAUUCUCUCUAUUCUCUCUCUCCCUCUUCUUUCUAAUCUCUCUCACCUCAUCCCAAACACCAAUCCCACCCAAUGCACUUGUUCUUCCCAUCUCCAAACAUGCCUCGACUCACCAAUACCUUACCCUUAUCAGCCAAAGAACACCUCUUGUUCCCAUCAAUCUUGUUAUUGAUCUCAGUGGCCCUUUUCUGUGGGUCAGCUGCAAUUCGAGCUAUAAUUCUUCCUCAUAUCGAUCAGCUCAAUGCCACUCACCUCUCUGCUCACUAGUCCACGGCAACAAACCUUGCAAGCAUUGUAUCUCUAGCAAUACACCCAAGUGCAGCAACAAUGACAAAUGCAUUGUCUACUCCAAAAAUGUCUUCACAAGCAAAGUUUCUGCAGGGUACCUAAGUGAGGAUGUUCUGAGUCUCCAAUCAACCGAUGGGCUGAAUCCGAAUUCGAUGGUCUCUGUCCCCAAGUUCCACUUCCUCUGUGCACCAGAAUUGCUCUCGGAAGGCCUUGCUAGUGGAGCCAAGGGAAUAGCUGGUCUUGGCCUUGGCCGGCUAGGGUUACCGGCACAGCUCAUGGCAGAGUUCAACAUCAGCCGGAAAUUCGCAAUGUGCCUCUCCCCCACAACAGGUUCCUAUGGUGUUAUGUUCAUUGGUGAUGGACCUUAUGUUCUGUUUCCUGGUAUUGAUGUUUCCAAGUUACUUAUUUACACUCCUCUCAUUGUAAAGGCUAAAAACACCGAUACUAUAACUUAUAGUAGUGAGUAUAGUGACCCUUAUAGUUCAUAUGAGUACUACAUUAGGAUUAAAUCCUUAAGGGUAAAUGCAAAAUUAGUGCCCUUAAACUCUUCUUUGUUAGUGAUCGAGAACAAAGGCGUUGGUGGAACAAAGAUUAGCACUGUCAAUCCAUAUACUGUCAUGGAAAGUUCUAUAUAUACAUCUCUUACUAAGAUUUUUAUUGAAGAGGCCAUAGCUUCAAAUGUUACUAGAGUCGCUCCGAUCGCGCCAUUUGAUGUUUGUUUUAGCACAAAGGACUCUAGUGGGGGUCUAGCGAGGCCAGCAUUGCCUGUUAUAGAUCUUAUUUUGCAGAAUAGUGAAGUGUUUUGGAGGAUCUUUGAGACUAAUUCAAUGGUGCCAAUGGGGAAGGAUGUAGCGUGCCUCGGAUUCUUGGAUGGAGGAUUGAAUCCAAGUGCUUCCAUUGUCCUCGGAGGGUAUCAAUUGGAGGACAAUCUUCUACAAUUUGAUCUGGUAUCAUCAAGGUUGGGGUUCACUUCUUCACUCUUUUUGAGGGAGACUAGUUGUGAUGGUUUCAAUUUUACAUCAAAUGUGUGA